AUGCAAGACUCAGAGAAAAAAGAGAACGCUCUGGGGUACUCGAUCGAUGUGUCUGUCGGUGGGUCUCAAGAUUCCAUACAAACCGUACAGAAAGAGCCCAUCGUUCGACAAGAUGGCGGAACUAGAGCUUGGUUACAAGUCAUGGGGUGCUGGCUUCUCUUUAUGAACACAUGGGGACUAACGAACUCGUUCUCAAUAUUCGAGACAUACUACAAUCAGAAGUUUCAACACAUCUCUCACUCUAACAUCUCAUGGAUUGGAUCGAUGCAGCUGUUCUUGACACUGUUCGUUGGCGUCUUCGCCGGCUGGCUACUCGACAGAGGUCACUUGCGUAUUGUCCUUGUCACAGGAAUCGCCUUUGAAGUUGUUGGAAUAGCGAUGACAAGCCUUUGCACAACUUACUGGCACCUACUUCUCGCACAGGGUGUCUGUGUGGGGAUCGGCUCGGGAACACUGGCAUUUACUAGCGCCGCCAUCAUCCCAUUUUACUUUGCCAAGCGGAGGAUGCUAGCUGCUGGCAUUGUUAGUACUGGAAGUAGUGUUGCUGGAGUGGUAUACCCACUCAUGAUGCGCGAACUUUUCGACAAGGUCGGGUUCGCGUGGGCUGUACGAGUACUGGCAUUGGUCAUGCUAGGUGGGCUCUCAAUGAGCCUCGUCAUCCUAAGACCGCAUUCUAGUGCGAGGAAGGAACGAGCGCUGCUGAGGAGCGAUCUGCUUCGCGAUGCGCCUUACACUAUCUUCAUUGUUUCUUAUGCAUUCAUGGUAGCCGGCGUCUACGUCCCGUACUUUUUCAUACAGAGCUACGCACUGGAUCUUUCUAUCGACGAAAGCAUGACCUUCAACGUUGUCGCAAUCAUGAACGCCGCGACCUUUUUCGGCCGCUUCCCCUACAAUUACCUUGCGGAUAUUUACGGCGGCAUCGCAGUCCUUGUCCCAUGCUGCUUCGCCACAUCCAUCAUCCUCUUCUUCUGGCGCUUCGUCCACACUCUCGGUGGUCUCAUCGCCAUUAGUGCCACUUUCUGCUUCGUUACUGGUGGAUUAGUUUCCCUGCCUGCAGUCACCAUUGCGAAUCUUACAGAGGACAAGUCGGAGUACGGAACGCGGAUGGGCAUGGGGUACACAAUUGCGGCCAUUGGCGCUUUGCUGGGGAAUCCUAUUGCGGGGCUUGCGCGUGACAGUGAUAGUAUAGACGUGCUUGAGAGAUGGCAAGGCGCCUGGUUCGUGGCUGGAGGUGCGCUGCUCGUUGCUACUGCAUUGAUGAUUUGGGCGAGGGUUUUGCGCGCGGGUGUGAAUAUGAGUGUUAAGAUUUGAUUCUCGUUUAGAAGUC